AUGACCUCGCCAAUAACGCUGCCGGUGGUAACAAUCCAAUCCUCCUUGCAAACUGUCAUUGACGAUGUUCGAUCGGGGCUUGUUCUAUCCGAGGAUAUAUGGCUUUCAUGCUAUAGGACCGGCUCGACGUCUGUGCACGGUAAAGUCAGCGUGUCCUUAGACAACAACGAUAGGUCUCGAGUCAUCCUCGAAGCCAGAGACGGCGUUGAGAUACAGGUACUUGGAGGGGGACAGUACACAGCUGCUUGUUCAGCUUUAAACAUACUGCAUACACGGGUAGCAUUCCCGAGACAGACAUUUACAGAUCCUGACAGGGCAGACCCUCAACAUCCCCAACAGAUAUCUGCCUUUGAUAUCUCCCCGGAUGGUACGCAAGUCGCUACAGGAUACAAUGAUGGUGCUAUCUUCCUGAGUCCCGUUACAUCUGUGUCUCGUUCUACCGUCAGCGCCGAUGGCGCGAAACUCUCCUGCAAGCCUCACUUGACCACCGUCACGUCCCUCCGAUUCUUUCCAUCAUCACGCGUGCUUCUUUCUGCUGGCGCCGACUUUGGGUUGCACAUCCUCCCUGCCGAAGCUUCGCCUGCGCCCGACGCUACCAGUGCAAAUAAGGAACCGCUACCGUUCAAACCCGUCCGUUCGCUCAAAGGCCAUACGCGCUCUAUCACAUGUACGGCCAUGAUCUCUCGCGGUCGAAAUGUCUUAUCCGCAGCCAAGGACGGGACCGUGCGUCUGUGGGACGUUGGCGGCGGACAGCAGAUUCGCGCCAUGUGCUCCACGCGGUACGUGCCCGUGAACGCAAUGAGCAUAGGUGAGAAGGCCACAUUCAAGGUCGCUGCGACUGUGGAUCCCGACGGGGAAAAUGUCAGCGGGAGGUCCACCCCGGCUGCGUUGGAUCUCCGAGAAGUCGACACUGCGGACAAACUUGCGUUUUGCGCGUUACAGGACGGGCAGUUUGAAAUCUUUGACCUCACUUCGAAAGCAUCGGUCUUCCGUUCCGCCUCACCUGCGGACGGAAGUGCGACCAAGUCCCCUGCUUUAAGUGCCAUCUGCUACUCGCCGUCGGCCAAUCUCCUUGCUACGGGCUCCGUGAAGGGCAUCUUGACCAUCUACGACACCCGCAACCUCUCUUCAGCACUCACAUCGUUUACACGCAACGGCGCAUCCAUCGAGUCGCUCGCUUUCGUGGUCCCUUCCUCGCUGAAAUUUCUGCACGCGCAUUCUUCGGAUGUCAGCGCUCCGCACGACGGAGAACUGGGUUUGGCCAUUGCAAGCGAGGACGGGCUGCCUUACAUCGCUGAGGUGCGGCCGGAAGGACCGGGCGUGGUGGCAGAGCUCGUAGGCAGCGAUUGUGAGGCCAUCAGGAUCGUGAGAGUAUGCACAUCUGAUGAUGGAGGGGAAGUGUGGACGGCAGGGGACGAUGGUGUCAUUCGGAAGUACUGA